AUGAGUGCCAUGUCUGAGGAAACAGAGAGUCGUGAUUUAAUGGAGGAUGAGAUGCAGCGACAGAAACGACUACUGGAAGUAGACUUGAUGGAGAGGGACGAAACAGAUACGGACCAGCAACCGAGACUAUCAUUUUUCUUUGAUUCCAAUUCGUUGAAGAGCAGCACCAAUAGGGAGAACAUUCUAUCUGAGAUUGACCGUGUUGAACAGCUGGUGACCUUGAAUCUACAAAAGAUCAACGAGAAUAUAGUGUUGUCGAAUGAAGUCAUCACUAACCAGUUAGUGCCUAAGCUAGAGAUGUUCAACAAGAACUCUAACAAGAUCUACAAUAACAUUACACAUAUUAAGGAAUUCUAUGAGAAUGCUGCGAAUGUGAAUAUCUUAACGAAGAAGGACGUUGAUAUUGAUGAGGAAGAAGAAGAAACGGAAGGAGAAAAACCAGAAGGAUCUGGGAAUGGGGGCGACACUGGCAAUGAGGAAGAACAUGCAGUUUCAGCGGAGGGAGACAAUGACACACGUUUCUCCGGUGCAGCUCUCCACGGUGGUGUAUCACCUGAGAGGGUGGACAGAGACGGAGGAGGAGUCUUGGCUCGUGGGGAAAGCAAUACAGAGAUGGAAGUCAGUUGUAGUAGUUUUGAGUUUGGGGAGGGUCUAGCUGACGGAGAAGAUAGACUUGUAGUUGAGCAAAGCGAGGCCAACGAAGUAACCAAGGGAAACACUUCCAUGCAGAGGGACGGGCUUUCGAUGGAUACUGGCCAUCCUCAGCAUGUGCGCUUACAUUCCGAUACUAUAAUAAGAGGGUUCAAGUUGGGAAUGGAUGAUGAAAGUACAGUUAAAACCACAGCCAUGGACGCUACAGAAGGGGUUUCAUCUAUCCGAGACCUACCAGGACCGCUUACCGAGUUGAAGGAGAUGAGUGGAUACGAGUCACCAGAGUGGGAAGAACCUCCGGAGCUACAGUCAACCAAGUUCUCCAACAAGAGAAGGAAAACCCAACGUCGAAACCGGACACGAGACGCAGCAGUGUUUGGUUCUGACGAGACAACCACCAAGAGUCUGGGAUUGACAGACCGGUUCAGUACAUUAAAGGACAUUGAUAUGGACACAAGCGAACCAACGGCGGCGAAUCCAUUCCAGAGUCCCAAAAACGGCAAAGAAGAGAAAGUAGUAGUAGAAGAAGAAGAGGAUGAUGAUGUACUCACCAGUAGUUCCUUUGAGGAAGCGCCCGAGCUUCUCAGUGAGCAUCUGGGCAGACGACCUUGA